CCGCUGCUGACACCUUACUUCCUGGUUUGCAAACUCAGGACCAGACCCAUCUCGGCGGAGGGAUCCCAUUUUCUCUUCUAGCCUCCUCCCCUUUUUGCUUCUGCUUUUCCCUUCUUUUGCACGAAAAUUAUUUGACAGCGUUUUGCUGACACUGGGAUUUUGCACCAGAGAUUGGGGGGGGCAGAGCCCCCUUACUAAGGAAGCAUGCAAGGAAUUUCAUGCACAAGGUGCCCAGAGCAUGCAAAAUAUAUUGCCUUCUUUGACAUCUGAUACUUUUUUAGCCUUUUCAUGAAGGAAUGAAACAUCCUUAGCCUGAAAGUGGAAUGGCCAUCGCAAAAGAAUUUAAUUCUGUAGUGGCAAGGACCAGCUGAAAAAAUAAAUAACUUCACAACGUUCAGUUUUGUGUGUGAGGGAUCUCUCAGGGAUUACAGAUCUUGGUGGGGGUUUUAUUUUGUUUUAAAUGGUUCUUGAGGAGAUAAAAAGUGCUGAAAAUGGGAGAUCAGCAGAUGUACAAAACGAACCACAUUGUUAACAACAACGAAAGCUUAUAUUACCAGCAGCAGCAACACCUGAAUUCCCUUGCACCGUUAAACCACAGCUAUGGAACAUCAGCCAUGGAUACAUCUCAGGAUUCUCCCCUUUCCCCACCGUUCUCUCAUGAUACUAGGGAAAACAUAGGUUUGAAUGUUGGGUCCAAAACACUUGGGUUGAUGGAUUCUCCAAGGCCGUCAAGUUGGGCCCAUUUGGGUUCUGGGAACCACAUCCCAGUAAGGAACAAUCAGAAUGUCAUGUGGAGCUCAGCAGGGCAAGGCGAAAUAACUGAUGGAUAUGAGCAUCUCUGUUCCCAAGCCAAUGAGGUCAGGUCACAGAAAAUGACUAGUGGGGUUUUGCAUAAAUUGGACUCCUUUGCCCAAGUGUUCGCUAACCAGAAUUUGAGGAUCCAAGUCAACAAUGUGUCUCAGGUCAUUCAGGCUCAGCCUGAGGUGAUGGAGGGCACUGGCGACAGUGCUCUUCGGCAACUGCUGUCUCAGAAACCUGCUGUUGAGCAGCAGCCUGUGCAGAGAUACCAACAGGUUCCACAGCAAGCCCAUCAGGGUUUUGCCAGUGUGCAGCAGAAGCAGCAUAUGCACAUGAUGGUGCACCAACAGCCUCUCUAUUAUGACGAUCAGCAGCAUUUAGCCCAUCUACAGAUGCACCCUGCUAUGCACCAAGGACAGGCCCACUUGCAGCAAAUGCACUCUCAGCACCUGCUGCCACAGCAGCUACAGCAGGAUCAAUACUAUCUGCAACAGCAACAGUCCCACCAAGGACAGCAUAGGCUUUUAAUACAUGAGAUGCAGCAGCAACAGCAGAGACAAUGCCCAGUGCAAACAGCUCAAUAUUAUUCAAUACAGCCUAUGAUGCAACAGUUACAGCAACAGCAGCAGCAACAGCAGCAGCAGCAGAUGCAAAUGCAACUUCCUCCCUAUCACAGAGAUCCUGACCAGAAGCCUCUGCUUGAGACUCACCAGUACUCUCAGGAUCGGAGUCACUCUGUGCAGUUCAUUCAGCUGGGAGCAGUGCCUCAGUACUUCUCUCAAGAUCAACAGCAAUCCUUCAGACAUUUGUAUCCACAAAGUUUAUUGCAGCAGCAGCAGCAGCAACAACUGCAGCCACCAGGAGAUGCCAGUCAGCCAAACCAUUAUCAGAGUGACAACAAGACUCGGGCACUGAUGGAUUCGCAUCUCGGAUUCCCCAUGCCAGAAGGGAAUGAGGGUCCAGCACAGCAGGACAUCAAUUCUGUUGGUGGGGGCAUCGCUCCUCAACCUCUUAUUCCUCCAGCAAGUAGCCAUGUGAAUAACAAAGGGCCCCAGUCAUUGUCCCCCAGCACAAUGUGGCCUCAGCCACAGAUCCAGCUGCCUGGUGGAAGACUCCAGUCAGUUUCCCCUGAACAAAGCAGCAUUCAUGACAAAGAAACUUAUACUGAGAGAUCUGAAACAAAGAGCAAACUAACAUGCUCUGUAUGCUUAAAGGAAUUUAAGAGUUUACCAGCGCUAAAUGGCCACAUGAGGUCUCAUGGAGGGAUACGGGCGUCUCCUAUCUUCAGACAGGAGGAAGGAGAAAGCCUGCAACAGCAGCAGCAGUACCAGCAGAAGCAGCUGCCCUCCAAGGUGGAGAGCUUCAUGCCUAUCGUCAUGCCUGUUUCUGUCCCUGUAAAGCUGCUUUCGCCCGAUCCCAGCAAGCAGGUGGCUGACGCCAGUGUUGCUACACUCAAAGAUAAGCCUAUCUCAGAUGAUGAGAUGCCUGUUCUUGUGAGGAUGACAUACUCUCCGCCGCACUCCCCUAAAGCGGCCAGCCCAUGCGCAUCUUCUGAUCUCAACAGAAAACACCACCAAAGCAUCGCCAGCUCUGAAGAAAACUUCAAACCAUUUCAAGACAAGAAAAAAUAUCGCCACAGACCCGAGCCACUAUUCAUACCACCUCCUUCCUUCAACCUCAGCACAUCUCACUUGGGUGCUACACUAUACCAAAGCCAGCUUCGCUCUCCCCGCAUCCUAGGAGACCAUCUGCUUGACAGGACUCAUGAUCCCCCUCCUUACACCCCACCUCCUAUGCUCAGCCCGGUACGUCAUGGAUCUGGCCUCUUCAGCAGCGUUAUCACAUCCGCACAUGGCUCAUCUCACGCCCAGCUGCCUCUCACUCCUCUGACACCCACUCCCCGGAUACUCCUCUGUCGAUCUAAUAGCGUUGAUGGAGGCAAUGUUCCUGUCACCCCAGGGCCUGGAGAACAGACCAUUGACAUACAACCGCGUAUCAAUAUUGGAUCAAGAUUCCAGGCUGAUAUCCCUGAACUUAAAGACAUAGCAUCAGCAGGGAAAGAGGAUCACAAAGCAACUUUAGUUUGGAACCCAGGGCCAGAACUGGAAGACAAAGAUUUCCAGCAAAGAGUGACCAACCUCUUAAACAUGUGUUGCUCAAGUGUAUUGACUGGUGGAGGAACCAACCUAGAAUAUGGUUUGCACUCUCUCUUUGAGGCUAAAGGGGAUGUCAUGGUCGCUCUGGAGAUGCUUCUUUUGUUGAAACCGGCAAGAGCAAAAUCACAUCCUCUGGCAAAUUAUCACUAUGCUGGUUCAGACCAGUGGACACCCCUUGAAAGAAAACUGUUCAGCAAAGCAUUAUCCAUAUACAGCAAAGAUUUUAUUUUGGUACAGAAAAUGGUGAAGUCUAAAACAGUGGCACAGUGUGUGGAGUACUACUAUACCUGGAAGAAAAUCAUGCACUUAGGACGAAAACACAGGACACGCCUAGCAGAAGUAAAAGAUGAAUGCCUGAUGUUGCUGGACUCCAACUCCCAUCAGCCCCAACCAGCAUGGCUAAUUUUCAGAGACAAUGGGCAUUGCAGUCCAACAACAUCUCAAGGGCACAAGACAAGUGGAGAAGACGAUGAAUUGGAGGAAGAGGAGCAGACAGAGGAGGACAGAAAAUCUGUCAAAGAAGAGGAAAUGGAAAUCCAGAAUUCUCCUGACCCAUUGCCUGCUGCUGUUGCUGCACCCAUUCACCUGCCUUCCCUGCAGAGCCUCACACUUCCAGUGACCUCUUUUACUUGUGAAAUGCCAGACUGCGGAGCUAUGUUCAGCUCCAGGCAAGCUCUGAAUGGCCACGUUCGCAUCCAUGGCGGUACAAACUCAGUGGUGAAAACCCGUGGUGGGAGCCAUGGCACAAAGCAAAAGUCCAGCUCCCAGAAUGACUGCUGUCCUGUCAAAAGCUCACCAGCUCAUAGUACGACAAGUGGUGAGACGGACCCGCCGACAGUUUUCCCUUGCAAAGAAUGUGGCAAGAUGUUUUUCAAAAUCAAAAGUCGCAAUGCUCACAUGAAAACACACCGGCAGCAGGAAGAGCAACAAAGGCAGAAAGCCCAAAAGGCUGCUGUUGCGGCUGAACUGGCGGCUACAAUUGCAAGGACUACAAGGCCUGCUGGACAUGACUUGAUUCCACUGGAUCAUUUGGACUUAAUAAAGCAGGUUGAACAGUCAGAUGACCUCAGCAAUGACGUUGCUCAGGAAUUGGGAGAGGUCAUUGACAGUUCUGAAGUGAUAGACCCUGACCUCUUACUAGAUGAAGAAGGCACAGAAUUACUUCAGGAUGACGUUGAGCUGUAGAAGUAAGAAGCCGUUGUGUUAAAUUACAGCUGCCUAUUGAAAUUAGUUUCCUCUAACUGGGAGUGUCUGCUUCCCUUUUAUUUUGAACUAUCUGAAUAAUUGGGAUUUUUUUUAUUGGGGGUAGGGAGAGGGACAUAAAUCUGAGUUGUGUUCAUUACAUUUUUUUGUAGUAAGCUUACUUGAUUUUGAAGUAUGGAAAAUGAUUCAUUUGUUCCCUUUUUUACAUGUAUUUUUGUCUAAUACCAUAGAAACUUCUAAUUUCUGAGAAGUCCAUGUUCUCUUACUAUUUCCUUUCAGACAUUUUCAUGACAAGCCCCAGGUUCUUUAACUCCUCAGGGUUUUCCUUUUUUCAUCCUGCCUUCCCUAUAUGAGUAAUUAUUUUUACAUGGGUUUUAUUUUGUGCCUUUAGUUCUGUCCUCAGACGUCUGAAACAACAAAGAAUACUUUUGAAAUGGCAAGAUGAAUGAUGGUUGAUCAAUAACUGUCAGUGCAAUAAACACAAGCUGAGCAUGGGAUGGAUUGGUGGCAUCUUAAAGCUUUGCUCUGGAUUAAAAACAUACUGCUGGAUCAGCCAUGGGGUGUUAUGUCCUUUCUGCUGAAGGAAGUGCCCUGAGCCAAUCAAGGAGCUGCAGCAAGUUCUUUCCCGUAGCACAAAGUUCUGUGCUGGAUGGAGGCUUCCAGGGCAUCUUCAGAUUUUCCUCUUAACAAGAUGUAGACUGACAUUGUAUUUGGGUAUGCAUACAUGGAUUGAUUUGGUGGCCUAUUCUGCUCUGCUUUGACCUGAAAGAAAUGUGAGCAUCCCUGAACCAAGCAAGAAUAGCUUAAUUAGCCCUGUAUGAAUGAGCUUUCGGUUUUGUCUUUUAUAAGGCAUUUUGUUUAGUUACAGUGGGUUCCACUCAUGUUGUGCAUUUCAGAGCUUCCAGUUUCAACAGAAUUCACAAGGGAUAGACUCAGUGAAAUCAGAAGUUGAGUCUGCUGUGGACUGAAGAAAGUCUUUGGCCUUCACCUUAGAAGGAACUGCUGAAACCUUUCUCAAACUCCUCUGACUGGAGAAUGCUGGGUUGGAUACUUGGAUUGGAAGUACAUUAGUGAUUAGAAUGCACUAAAAUACCUCCAUUUGUAAAAGGAUAUCACAUGGUUAAAAAAGUUUUGAAAUUAUGGUGGGAUAUAUUUCUUUUAACUGUGCAGAAGCAUUACUCUGCAGUGGUACAUAUCAAGACUUUUCAGAUAGAAAGAAUUGGAGGGAGACAUCCACUUUUAGGUAAAACAAUUUUUUAAAAAGUGAUUCUUCCUAAUUCUUAACAAGAUAAUCUUACACCAUGUUUCUGAGUGUGCACUUUGUUUCUGAUUAUAAAUGUUCUUUUAUGUGGUUACUGUGUUCCUGUAGCUCCGAGUUUGGUGAGUGGAUGGGCGUGCUUCGAUAUACACACAAAACUUGAUGCUUCCCUGCUCACUGUUAGGAAUUGGAGAAACACCACAUACAAAAUAGGGUAACCCCAACACAUGCAGAACUCAGCUGGAAACACAUAAGGGUUUUGAUCAUGGCCAGAAUUUUAAAAACUGCCAUUUAUAUAUGUAAAAAAAAUCAAUAGCUUGGCUAUUAAUGUUAGCAUAUAAAUGUAUAUUGAACAUUGAGGUUUUUAUGCCUGUCAAUAUACUCUAUUAGGCCCAUAGGUUUGCUCUUGGAAGCUAUAAACCUCACCAAAUAUUUAGCAAUUUUGGUCGGGGAGGGAAGUAUGCAAAUGCAAUAAACAAAUCUCUGGAUGUAAAUUCUUCUACAUAAAAAUAGCAUAGUGAAUUUUUAUCAGGUUUCACUUCUGGUAGUAGUACUGGGAUUCAGUUUUCUGAAAAUAUUCUCACUUCAUUGUUAUGAAAACUGCAAAUCAAGCCUUAAAAUCUCAUCCAAAUGAAAUAAUUCUGUUCCUGGUCCUCCACUUCCCUGAUUUUGCUGUUUUUUUCCCCCAAUACACAUGUGCUAAAGAAAUAGGGGUUUGAAAAUGUAUCCCCUUUUCCUUCCCCCAUGUGCUGUAGCCCCCUGGAUGCUACUGGACUACAACUCCCAUCAUACCUGAUGGUUGGCCAUACUGGCUGGGGCUGAUGGGAUUUGGUAGUCCAACAAGACCUGGAAGACCAUAGUUUUCUAAUUCUUGUUCUAGUAAAGCUGCAUUACACACCAUACCUUUAAAACACAUUUCUCUUCCCACCCCCAUGCAAAGAAUCCUAUAGGUUACCCCUCACAGAGCUGCAGUUUUCAGGAUUGUUGGGGGUGGGAUGUGCUUUAGUAAGCAUGUUCAGCUUUGGAAUAACUCAGCUAGGCAGCUGGCAGCUGUUUCCUUUCCAGAGUUAACAGUGGGAUCAUUCUCCUGACAUGGUCUUCUUUUGCUUCACAACUAUUGUUUAUAAAUGUUGCAAAGUAGGUGCACAUAUUAUGUAAAUGUAUAAAGUUACAUUAUCCUGUGUUUGCACAGACAUGAAUAUUUUCCUAAGAACCCUGUAAUAGUGUUAGAAAAGUUAAUAGUAUUAGAGAAAUAAAGAUGUUUCUAUCAAAGCCAACCAUACAUGGCCAAAGUCUGGAGUUUCCACUCAGGUUCAAACACUGUGUCAGUCAUAGAUGACACUGGUCAGAUGUGACUCUUGGGUGUCACAAAAUUAGAUGACGAUUAACCAUCAGAGUCAGUUUAGACAACUGAAAUUGUCUCUACUUGGCACAAUCCCCCAAGCAUUUUCUACAGCAAGAAAAAAGUAAAAUCUGACACAGUGUAUUCCCAGUUACAGCCAAGGCUUUUCUUUUCUGCAGUAAGAUUCUAUUGUCAGGAGUUUUUUUUUUUUAAAGCAUAGCAAAAGGGAAAGAAGCACACUUCUUUUUAAAAAAUCGCCUGAAUUUUUUGUUGCUGGUACAGCAAAUAACACUACCUGGUUUGCUGGGCAUGUUAUUUGCCUCACCAAGGAGAUUAAUUUUGUUGUUGUUAUAUAGGCUGAUAUCUGAUCAGAUCACAAUUUGUUUCAGCCAUUGUCCGUAAAAAAUGCUGUUGCAGUAAAGAUAGCAUAAAGUAAAAAUCCAGAGUAACAUCGUAAAACAAAAUGUAUCCUGCUUACAGACAACUAAUCACGUGAUCCAUCCAGAUAUGUCAACAUUUGCAGCUGGCAAGGCAUAUAUAGCCACAGUUCCACUGACCACUUUCUUGUUUGUUAUUAAAAAAUUACAAUUUCUGCUGAUUUUACCAGUAGACACACUCCUUCAGUAGUAGGCACAGGAAUCUAUUCUUGGAUUUCUUUGAUCAAAGAACAAAUGAAAUAGUGUGCAGUAUCUUCCAUUGCUUCCUCAUCACAAAUACAGUAUCUUAAAUUAUGUCAUAUCAUGAUAUUGCCAGGCUAACACAGUACAGAACAUCACCUGAAAUGUUAUCAAUGUAAAUGUUUUCCUGUAGUGCAAAUCUAGACCGAUCAGUUAAAAAAAAUUCCACGAUGCAAUUUAAUCAUUCCAUACAAGGGAGCAGAUUAGCCAUUAAAGAAUGAUCACACAAGUGAAGAUUUAUUACACCCUCUUAGAAUUCUAGUUUAGCAGCCGACACAGAAUCUAAAAAUCUGCAGAAAAGCCAUAUAACAGGACCAGCUGAGCUAUUCUUUGAAACCAAUUGGACAGUCUUAGGCAAUCAAAUUGCAAGUAUUUGUGACAAUAAAUCUUUGGAGGCCUAUUAUGACAUAAGCAUGAUUUCUAACCAAUAAUUAAAGCGAGGAGGCUAGUGUGUAUAAUAUACAACAGUAGAUCCUUCCAAAACUGAUUCAUAGUUUACAUUUGAGUACAUGAUAUGGCAGAUCUUCUGUUACACCAGCAAGCCUGUGUAACAAGCUUCUGUUCUAAAGCCUUGUUAAAACAUGAAAGUUUAGAGUAACAUAGGUUCUUGUCCCCUGAGAGAGUGAUCUCUAGUGUGAAAUUGCAGUGCAUUGGCUGUUCCUUCAGAUUUAUAACUGCAAAGCUGUCAUUUAGUAGCAUCCUUGCAUUACUCUGAAAGGUGUUACAGGAAAAAUUACUAUCCUGUAAAAAUAUUAUGGAGAAAAUGACAUGGCUUAAAAUAACCAAAGAGAAUCUCAAAAUAAUCCCUGGAAGAAAUAUUGAUGUGUGUGCAACUUUUUAUGUAGAUUCUGUAUUUCUAAAACGUUGCAGUGAUAAAUAUUAUCUAAAUAUGGUUUAAAUUUUGCCAGAAAACUUGAUCUUUUAUUUUUCCUUUUGUUAAUGGUUCAUGUUUAUUACAGUACAGUUCCAGUAGUGAAUUAGAUGAAAAUUGUACAUAACAAAAGAAAAAAAUCUAUUUUAUGGAGAAAUCUUAUUUUCAGACAUAUUUAACUGCUGUUAUAUUGUUACAGAAAAGCUGUAAAUAAUUUCAGAGUUGCAGUGUAGUGUAAAAAAUGUUCUUUGGAGAUAAAGUAAUAAACAUUUUAAUGUAGUUCUUUUUAUUUUUUAAAAAAAUAAAACUUUGCCUGUUAUGGCUUAAUUGCACCUGAAUUGCAUGUGGUUUAACUUCAGGGUGUAAUACUAUUCAGGUUUGCACUAAAAUGCUUAAUUUCAUAAUAUAUGAUAUGGUGGUUUUUCUUUUCUUUCCCCUUUGGUUUUUUUUUGGGGGGGGCAUGCAUCCUAGCUGGUACAUAACUAAGAGCACUAUGUAUAGAAAUAUUUCAGCUUUUUCUUAAAUUGACAGAUAAUUCUGUUUGUAAAAUCAAAGAAGUUCUAUGUAACGGUCUGCCAAAAGAACAGUAUUUUAUACUUUUGAUAAGAUGUUCUUCGCUGAUUUUU